AUGGCACAAACGGGACUUAUAAUUUUUCUGCUCAUUACCAUACUACUGCUGGAUCAGACGACUGGUCAGCCCUCCAGAUUCAAAACCAGAAAGCACAGUAAACGUCGAGUGAAAGAAAAGGAUGAUCUGAAGACUCAGAUUGACAAGCUGUGGCGAGAAGUAAAUUCCCUGAAAGAAAUGCAAGCGCUUCAGACAGUCUGUCUUCGUGGAACGAAGGUUCAUAAGAAGUGCUACCUCGUGUCAGAAGGUGCUAAGCAUUUCCACGAAGCCAAUGAAGACUGCAUAGCCAAAGGAGGGACGCUGGCUAUCCCCAGAGAUAACGAAGAAACCAAUGUUCUUCGAGACUAUGGCAAGAAAGGCCUUCCAGGGGUGCCGGAGUUCUGGUUGGGUGUCACUGACAUGGUAAAUGAAGGAAAAUUUGUUGAUGUCAAUGGCAUGGCUUUACACUAUUUCAACUGGGACCGCGCUCAACCCAAUGGUGGGAAGCGUAAAAACUGUGUCUUGUUUUCCCAGCCCUCUCAAGGCAAGUGGGUAGGUGAAGUGUGCCGUACUGCCAAAAGAUACAUUUGUGAAUUUCUGAUCCCAUAA